AUGCCAAGACCAUUGUUGCAACCGUUAACUCAUGGGUACAGACGCAUUCCGGUUCUUCAAAUCGGAUCAGAUAUCUUUGUUGAUACUGCAUCGAUUAUUGAAGAAUUAGAACGAAGAUACCCGGAACCAACUCUUUUCCCAAAAAGAAAUGGAUCCGAUAAAAGUGACAGGGGACUGGGCUUAGCCAUAUCCAUGUGGACAGAUCGUUACUUUUUGCCUAGCAUUUUAGGGAUAUUUCCAUACGAUUCGAAAGAUCCUUCAAUGCCAAAACUUUUCUCUUCAAAAGAAUUCAAAGAAGAUCGAUCUUCCUUAUUGGGAACACCAGUUAAACCCGAGAUACUUUUACAGGCACGACAAUAUAACGUUGAUAAAAUUAGAUCCAACUUUGAAUGGGUCGAGCUACAAUUUUCGGAUGAUGAUAGAGAAUGGUUCUUAGAUACGCCAUAUCCAAGCAUUUUUGAUAUUCACGUAGCAACAAAUAUUUGGUUUUUAGGUGUUAUUCAAGGUGCAAAAGAUGUUUUAAAUCCUAAUUUAUAUCCGAAAACUUAUUCUUGGUACAGAAAAUUUUUAAAAUAUGUUAAAUCAAAUGGGAUCAAACCGAAAAAGAUUAGCGGUGAAGAAGCGUUAGAGAUUGCUAAAAAGUUUAAACCUUUAAAUGAUGGGGAAAGAAAAGUUGAGCAAGAUCAAAAAGAUGCUACAAGAAAAUUAGGGGAUAAUGUUGCCAUACAACCGGAUGACUAUGGUAAAAUUCCUGUUAAAGGUAAGAUUGUUAGUUUAGGAGAUAGGAUUAUUGGGAUUAGACCUCAUGACGUUGAUAAAACUGGGUUUGAGGUUGUGAUUUGGUUUCCAAGGGCCGGUUAUAGGAUUAAACCAGAUAACGGGAAGUUGUGA